GCGUGUCUCUCUCUCUCUCUGUAUCUCUGUUUCUCUCUUUUCCUUCCCUUUACGCAUUUCUUUCCUGCUCUAGGCCGCCCUUUCUCUCCUGUCCUUUCGUUGUGAAAAGAGCGAGCGGCGAAGACUAUCAAACUCUCAUAAAACUGUCAGCCGCGGCCACCGGGCUGACUUAUGCGCGCCCCUUCCUUAGCCGCGGUUGGAGAACCACACGCUUUCGGGUCGAAUCUGCACCUCGCGCACGACAAGCGCGAUCCCGCAUCGCAAACUUGUUAACGAAAGAGCGGACGUGCGAUCUCCGCGGUCUAGGGGGAAGAAGCGGUCGGAAAAGUGGACCUUCCACUACUCACGGUCCCGCGCGACAAUAUGCAAGUACAGCGAUCCGCACUUGUGAAACGUACUCGUCUUCCGUCUCCCGAUCAGGAAGAGAUACCAUACGUAUGAUCGAGCUAAAAUGGAUUCGCGACGGGUGAAAUCGGCGAAGAUACGGCGAUAUUAAUGGGCGAAUCGUUUUCGGUCGAUCAGUAAGGAACAAUCGCGCCUUCGUGUGCCGCGUACCACCCCUUUUCUUUUUCAUCCGUCUUGAGCGCGAGGCUAUACAGUAGGGGGCGCGUGCGCGCGUAGCCCCCCUCGCAAAGCGGACGGAAGACUGCUUCUUGGUGACGUCGCGGCUAGAAGGCUGCAGAGGAGAACGAGAGAGCGAUCGAGAUACUUCUCCCCCACCAGCGGUUUCAGGGCUCCCGAAUAUCUCUCCAUUAGCCCCCCUGACGGUGCUAUCCCCUCUCCUUGACCCCUCUCUCGCCCUCUUUCUCUCUCUUACGCACACCCCUCUCAUCGGUUCCUGUCACGUCGGGUAGCAGCCGGGCAACACUACCACACGACGAGCGCCAGCGGCAGCGGAGACUCGACGGAGACGCAAGGAACGGGGUUGAAGAAUCGUACACGCCGACGGAGAGACCAAUCAAGGUUUGACGAACGGCAGGGAUUGGUCGAGGCGCUCCUCUGACACGCAGAGAGCGCGGGCACGUGACAAGCUACCGCACACACCGGCCUUCCGUUGGAUCGCGGCGAGGCCUUCAGUACGAUACCAACCACCCUUCGCGCACGCAACAGGAACGGCCAACUCGCGCGCGGGUACACUCUUCACCCUUUGCCGUGCUCGAGCCUCUGCUUCUGUUGCCGUUGCCGUUGCCGUUGCCGUUGCCGCGAUAUAAAGCCGUUUGUUAAGUGCAACACACACCUGUGACAACGUUCAAGCGCAAUUAAUCAUCGCGUGAAUUAUUUUUAUGCGCGCACAUAUGUGUUACCUCGCACGUUACUUCAUUGAGGAGAGACUUUGCAAGGUCAUCUUCAAUGGGGCGCCUCGAUAAGCUGUUCGUUACGCGCUACUGCACGGUGGGCCCACGAGUUCUCUGUAGGUAAUCGCGACUCCUGAGAUCGUAAAGAAGCAGAAGACAGUUUUAUAGCCCAGGCCCACGUGGCCCUCAUAAACUUGACUCGCAGGUCGGUUCGAAUUCAGGCUCGACCCGCCUGCCGCCAGACGUCUGCCUCUCUCUCUCUCUCCCUCCCUCUCUCUAUCUUUCUCUCUCUCUCUCUCUUUCUCUUUCUCUCUCUCUCUAUUAGUCCUGAACCCCUCGUUCAUUAUCGCAUCGCUUAGGGACGUGUUUCUCUCGCGUGUAACAGGUCGUGAUAGCUGUGAAUCGUUCGACGAACAAGGUGAAGCUUGUCGGAGCAGCUGGCCACGUGUGCCGCGCGAUUUUCGUCACUGCGCGAUUUUCGCCUCGUCGCACGAUGACGGGUUUCUAUACUUAAUGACAGCGCGCGUUCUUCAGCCGCGCCUCAACCCAACCAACACAACGUCAGUGUCUUCGUUAAUGACGGAACGUAGACGUGCAAAAUUGUCGGUAUAGUGACGUUGACGGCACGUGAAGGUACGUGAAGAAUGAGUUCCUAUCAGUUCGUCAACUCGCUCGCAUCAUGCUACGCGGGCCAACAGCCACAGCAACAGCCGAGACCAACCGCGAACUCGCCUGGAGAACCGAUGCAGGCAGCAUCGCCGGCCGGUGGCGAGUAUUACAAUCCGAAUGCGGCGUCCACCAGCUAUCCCGCGCCCUGCUACUCGCCUCAGCAGCAUUAUCCUCAGCAUCCUUACGCCACGCCGGCGUCGGGUAUGCAGCAUCCAGCGCCGACAGGGAUGAUAGACUAUACUCAACUGCAGCCGCAGCCUCGGCUGAGCGCGACCGCAACGUCGCAGCAGCACGGUAUGCACGCACAACAGUCGCACCAUCAGCAACCGCAUCAUCCUCAGCAACAACUUCACUCGGACCCAACGACGCCUCUUAUGCAGAGCGCCUCGGCAACGUCGGCGCCGUCAACGUCCAGCUGCAAAUAUGCUGAUUCGACCUCGUCCACCAGUGUGGCGUCCCCUCAAGAUUUAACCACGUCCACUUCGAGAAAUAGCCCGACGCCCUUAGUGGCACCCGGCACGAGUAAAGCCGCGUCCGGAUUGACUUCACCGCCUGGUAGCUCGUCAAGGUCGUCCGUGGCUGCGUCCGCUGCCUCGCCGCCCAGCGGUAGCUCGAGGGGCGUCGGCGAGGGAAAUUCAACGCUGACAACAGCAUCUUCCGCUUCGUCGCCCGCUUCCUCCACAUCCAGCACCUCUAGCACGGGUAACAAUUCGUCCAACAAGGGGAAUUCUUCCGGCACUAACCCGCCUCAAAUAUAUCCAUGGAUGAAAAGAGUUCACAUUGGUCAGAGCACGGUGAACGCGAACGGUGAGACGAAGCGACAGAGGACCUCGUACACCAGGUACCAGACGUUGGAGCUGGAGAAAGAGUUCCACUUCAACCGCUAUCUGACGAGGCGGCGUCGCAUUGAGAUCGCGCAUGCUCUCUGUCUUACGGAACGUCAGAUAAAGAUCUGGUUCCAGAAUCGGCGUAUGAAGUGGAAGAAGGAGCACAAGAUGGCGAGCAUGAACAUCGUGCCGUACCACAUGUCGCCGUACGGGCACCCUUACCAGUUCGCGCCCCACCCCGGCCAGUUCGCUCACUUGGCCACAUAGGACGAGUUCUCGCCCGCCGAGCUCGGAGCACACGCUGUCCGGUUCCCCGGGAUGUACGGCGAGCAGAACUUCUAAAAAGGCUUUUUCCGCCUUGGAUCCCGCGCUACGUCACGACGCUGUCGCACUUUGUGACUUGGCGGGAUCGAGGAAGGGACUUCACUUCCAGCAGGACACAUGGUGCGUGCCGCCGACCCCGCAAUGCGCCCGACGCGACGGCUCGGCCGUUGACAGAGGAGCGAGAGAUCGUGUCCUUCCUUCGUAUGUCAAUAACGUACUUAAAUUAUUUACGCGCUCAUUCGGCCUGACUUACGGAAGGGAGAACUCUGUCUGUGUCGAUGUGCGAGAGAAAAAUUGUCUCCUUCCUGAAACCGGAGCAAAAUCCGUUCUCGCUCGCUUUCGGUCCGCGGACACGCAAGUACUGUCACUGUACGACUUCGAAGUUGAAGAAAAGCCAAAAUUUUCUGCAUACAUAGCGCCGUGCGCCCGACUUAAUAGACUGGACGCGCUCCGAGGGGCUCUCGCGCACGUAAUUACCAGAUAUUAAUAAUGAUAGUAACGAUGCGGACGAGAGACCACCUCAGCGGGUGAGAUAAAGCCGAAUCUCUAGUUUAAGGUGUAGAAAGCAACGAUCUAAGUAAUUAAUUAAUCAAAUUACGAAUUAAUUAUCUCGUCUUGGCUGCACACUGUUUCACGUUAAAUUGAUCGCCGGUUGAUUAACAACGAAAUUGGACAAUGUGCUUGUGUAUCUAUUUAUUGUUUCUUCUUCUAUGCGUCAUUCUCUUGUUUAGCCGAACGCAUUCGUGGGAAAGGGUCUUGCGAAAGACACGCAGUAACUUCAAGAGAAACAUAUUUUCACGUUAAAAUCCCCGUAUCGUAGAUCGUAAGGCGCCUAUUAAUACUCAAAUUAUUCUUCAUUGGUCUUGAAAGGAGAAGUGACCUUUAGAAAUCCAUGUUGAUUGCGUAUAAAUUAUGCUGACUUUUAUCAAGUAUUCUUAGAAAAUAAGAAAUGGUUGGGACGCGGCAACUACAUUAGUAGAAUAAUAAUGAAAUAUUCGUACAGCAUAAUUUGCAUGUGAUUUAAGUAUAAUACGAUUAUUGUAGUCAAUGUCUACAGAAUUGAUCGUAACUACAAAUUUUUACAUCCGUGUACUUGUAACAACUAUAAUAUUAUAAUAUUAUAAUGUAAAUCAUAUUUUAUAAUAUUAUAAUAUUUUCCAUAUCAAAUGUCCGAUUGGAUCUCACCCCCUCUUCACAUACCCUCUUGUUUUACAAUGCAAGGAGCUACUGAAGAAAAAAAAAUCAUACACCCUAAAAAAAUGACGAAUCUUUUCCCGAAAACUGACUUUCGUGUCACGCUCGACUUGCAUUUGCUCUGUUCUGGAAUAUUAGUUUUAUUAAUGAAACGGUGUGGACAGCUACGACCCAGCUCUUUGUACAUAAUUUGCAGCAUAAUGUAACCAAUGUCUCCCUGGAGCAGCCACGUUGUUCCUAUAUUGUCGAUACGUAGGGAAAUCUCGCGCGGAACUUACUAUUCAUUUUAUUCUACCGCAUCAAGCAUUUUAUCGCGAUGAUUGAUACAACAAAUGAACUAUUAUUGUUUCUCGCGCAUCGACUAUAGUAACUUUAAUCCACAUAGGAACUUAUUAGUUUCCAUAACCAUAGUUUUAAAAAGUCCGAGCUAUUAAAUAAAGAAGAAAAAAAAAGAGGAAAAGGAAAUGUUUCGUGCGGUCGAACGGGAUAAGUGACCCCGGAUGCAUUGUGAGUACGUCUGACUGCGAUGGUGCAAUGUACGUGCAUGUAGCGCUGAAUAUCUAACGCAGAAUUGCGUGCACGUGCUGCCUGAUUACGCGUAUUUAUCGGUGCAGGAUAUACAUGAACGUGUGGUUGAGUGUAACAAGAAAAAUGUCGAUUGAUUCCUUAUUGAAUAUACAUAUUGAUCGAAUAAGGAAGAUCUGAGAAAAAAAGAUUGGGGUAUCGACUAGCUAACCGGGAAACGAGCGCAAAUGUGUAAACUAAUUAGCUAGUAUUCGAGUAAUUGAUUAUCUUGUGAUACGACAGAGGUGAGGAAAGCAGUCGCUCUAAUGCUUAUUGAAUUGUCAUAGCCGCGCGUUACGCGAUGCAAAUUCGGAAAAAUACAGGGAAUUUAGUAUGUGUGUAUGUUGUUCGAGAUUCUAAGCGGUACAAGCGAGAGAAGAAACAAAUAAAGAAGAGACCUUCUAGCUAGACUAGCAUUGAAUUGUACAUAAUUAUUAAAUAUAUAACGCGAUAUCGAACGAGACUCGUUAUCACUGUACGAGGCGUUAACGAAAGAAGACCUUUCUUUUGUCGUAUAAAUUAUUAAUUACGUCUUGUUGCUAGACAAGAGACUGCUCACAGUUAAACAGUACUUUGCAUUCAAUUAAUUUUAGGUGUGUAAGUGAAAUAAUUUCGGUAUCUCUGUAUUUAGAUCCGUCGCGCGCAGAAUGUACAGAAAUGUGUUUCUUACAGUCAGGAGGAACUGAACUUUUCAUUUUUAUUUUUUUCGUUAUCGCCUAGUACGCUAUAUGGAUAUUUAAAUAAAUCAUAGUGAACAUUAUUAUAUUAUUAUUAAUAUUAUUAUUAUCAUUAUCAUUAUUGAAAUUCUUGAUAUUAUCUUUAUUAUUGUAUCGAGAGUGAGUCUGUUGCUUAUGAUUUGGUCGAGUGUUAAUAUUGUAUUUUAUUUGUUUCGUUAUUAUUAUUUUUGUUGUUUACGCCGCGUGUCGUACAACACGUUCCGUACCUAUGAAUGAUGUGCACAAAUAAUGCAAGAUUUGCAUUACUCUUUUACACGAGAUCCAUUGCGGGAUACGUGGCCGUGCUAUCUCGAUGCUCAUCGAAAAUCGAUUCGGUGUCGUUCGUAGCCUGCGCCCGCAGUUUGGCGAGGUAAGAGACGGAAUGGAAACUGCAGAUAUUUACUAUUUAUUCGUCAGGUGCAAAGAAAUGCGUUCUCUUCAAGUUAAAUUAAGCUCAAGUAUUACUUUCGCCUAGCGUCAUUCAAAUGUUAUUUCAUUCCAUGUAAUAUACGUAAAAUAGCCUAACUAAAAAUAUUUACUUAUUACAUCUACGUAACCUAGAGCACCGUACGUGUAAGAUCCGUAUAAUUAAAUAUAAUUUAAAUUGUAAUUAUUAAAUGGUAUGACGUACAGAAAUCA